AUGAGCAAAAAAUUGUUGGUAACACCGUGUCGUCAAAAUGGUGCGACAGUGUUUCUCCGAGCGUUCCGAGUGAGAUCGAAGAGUGUGUUGCGUCGCUCGGUUGACGGGCCAGAGCCCGGCCGCGGCCAGGGCCUGGGCGCGCCAUGGACGCCGCCGCCGACCCGCUGCGUGCGGCCAGGCCGUGAGUAUCGCGUCCGCUGCCUCGUGCCGCCGUGGCUGCUCCGCACGCGUACUUACGCGACGGAUUAUUUUGGUCCUCGCGAUCCCAUCCGCAGUUGCGAAACGUUCCGUGCGCGCUCGUUUCUCGCUCCCGCGCGGAGCCGACAUUCUCUCGGCCGUGCGGCGUCACGGCCUCCGCUGCGUUGCGCCAUUUCGGAGCGCGAGGACACGGCGACGUCGCCCCGCGGAGGCGCCGCCGCCGAUAGCGAUCUGGCAGCGCAGCGCCCGAGCGUGACCGCCUCCGCUCCGCACACAGACCGCCGUGCAUCAAUGGCCCGGACGGCUCAUAAAUUAGAAUCGUGUUUACAGUUUUUGUGCGCUCGUUGGAAACCUGUCGCGCCGCCCUUUGUCUCGGGCGGCGCGAGAGGAGCGCUGCCCGUCCUCGCGUUCGCUGGCGCUCUCGAAUUGCCGAGUGAAUUAUGGCUAGUUUUACCGAAACCCGCCGUGAAGGAUACUGCAGUAUCGAUCGUGGAAAGGCGGAAAUGCGACGACGAGGAUUUCGGUGACGCUAGCACCGGAAUAAGGACGACGGUGCUAAUUCGCUAUAAGGUCCAACUGUUCAAUUUUGCUCUCAAUUCACUAGUUAGCUCGUGUGCGCAACGGCCUCUCCUACAAAGGAGCCUCGACACUCGAAAAAGCAGCGGUCGCUCUCGUGAGGCCGUCGAGCACCCCGAAGCACGAGUGUGCGCGCAGCUUGAACUUUAUGCAAGGAUCACGCUAGCCGCUUGCCGUAUAGACGCGAAAGUGUGCUGUGUGCACUCACAGCGCGUUCGUUGCUACCGCAUGCCCCAACGCCCCGAUGGAUUCGGAGUGGAUGGCUCAUACGCCCGAUCA